AUGGCCCCACCCCCAUCGUCGCCUAAUACAUCAAGCGAAAACACUACCCCCUUAAAUGAACUAUCACAACGACUAUCAAUUAAUGCAACAGCUACAACUGAUCGUCAUUUAUUAGAUACGAUUCAACGAUUUAGGAAUGUGUCGUCACCAUCAACAAACACUAACAACGGUGAUGACACUAAUCAAGGAAGCAACUCCAUAAGAGGUGAGAUAACCCCUGAAACCCCCCAACCACUUCUUACUCAUCCAUCUGAGCUAACUACUGUUUCACUCCCACCACCUACAUUUGGUCUUUAUCGAGAUAGACCCAAUUUAAAUAAUUUAAACUUAUUGUCAGGGUAUAUGAUUCGAAAUCUCCCUGAAGGAAAUCGUCAAGAAGCAGAGUUUAGAUCCAGGAUGUUGCGUCAUUUUUCUGAUUUGAAUCGGAUACAUACUCAUUUUAAUGAAUUAAUAGGAGAUAGAACUAUUCAAGAAGGAGGACGUGGUAGCCUUAGUGGAAAUCGAGGAUCGUUUACAACCCUGAGUAUUCCGGCUCAAUUGCAUAAUCUAUCUCGUGAAUUAACUCGGUUGGAACAAGAGGAACGACAAGGAACAACGACAGACCCAAUUGGGGUAUCACCAGGAUCUGGUCUCCUAAAUCGUAACCGUAAUAGAGAUGCAUAUGUAGUUGAAACUGACGUCGACCUUGGAAUCUCCGAUAAUGGCGAAGACGAGAAUGAUGAUGAUCAGAGUUUUGAAUAUAGUGCGGAUGAAUUCCACGAAGAAGAGCAAGAGGGAGAAGAAGAAGAGGAGGAAGACCAAGACGAUGAAGAUGAUAACGAUGAUGAAGACGAAGAUAUGGAAAUUAUAUAUUACCCUGACCUUGUUGGUGAUGACGAAGAUGACAUCAUAGUGGAUGAUGAUGAAGACGACGUCGAUGAUGACGAAGAGUCAACCAGUUCCUCAUUCAUAGUAGAGGAAGAAAAUAUCGGAUUACGGUCAGACAUUCGAUCAAAUGAAAGAUUGCUAUUAUCUUCUGCUAGACAAAACCCAUUAAACGAGAAUACUUUAAUCCCGACCAAUACGGCAGUCCGUAACCGUUAUGGUCAACCUCCGCCUCGUACAGAAAGCUCAGAUUCGUCAAAUAGACAAUUACUUUGGUAUCCCCCUACCCUUGGUGGCACUCCCUUAAGGCGACAGAAUGCAAUUAGAUUAAGACAUAGAAAUAGAAGGUAUAACUUGAAUCAAGAUGGUUCUAUUGUGGACUUGGGUGCAGAACCCAACGCAGGCGCAAGUGCACCAAUAUCCACCAGUGCAGGUAGUUCAGGUGCCAAUAGAGAAAAGAAAUCCACAAGUGCGGGAGCAUCGACUGGAAAUGGCGAAGGUAAUGAUGAUACUAGUGGUCCAUCAACUAAGAGUAAAAUUAAUCAACAAGAGAUUUUAAUUCAAAGAGCCAAGAAGUAUCAACGUGAAGUAGAAAACAUAAUUCAAGAGUUGAAUCAAAGGGGAUACAUUUAUUACCAUGCUCCGUUAUUUUGUAAUUUUUUGAAUCAAUCAUCUAGUCAACCAUCGUUAUUAUUCAGAAAUGUACUCGCAGCCGGAAAAGAUAAUUUGAGUUUAUCAAUGGAUGAAUAUUUGAUAAAAAGAAGAAAUAAAUUAUUAUGGCUAUCACAAUCCAAUGGAAUCGAACCCCCACCACCAGCGCCUCAUCCAUCACAACAACGAGGCAUCAAGAAAAGAAAGGGGCGCCCACCCAAGUCUAGAUCCCCUCACACAAAGCGUCAAAAGCUAGAUAUCCCGCCUCCUCAACCAGAUCAAGAAAUCAUAAGAGAACAGAUAUUCAACAUGCUGAUGAAUACCAAUGGUGAUACAUCCCCUCCAGCGGAAUUAACUAAAUCAGAAAAGGAGAAUAUUUUAGAUUCUUUGCCUUGUUCAUACUUCCAAUCGGGUGUAAGUUAUACCAUGAAGAUAGAUUCACCCACUGACCAUGCAUUAGAUUAUGUGAACUUGAUCAUGAAUAAUAUAUCUCCCGAUAGGAGGAAUAUAGAUGGAAUAUUAAACUUCACUGGGAAUGGAAGUGAAAAUGGAGGAUUAGAGUUUAUGUUAUUUAAAUUACAUAAUUUCACCCGAUUCUUUUUUGGAUUUAUGAAUAAUGGUUUAAUAAAGAAUAAGAUUCUUAUUCGGAAAUUGAAUGUAUUGGAUCGAUUAUCAAUUGAUCAGAAUGUGAAGUAUUCGAAAAAAUUAAGAUAUGAUAAUGUGAAUAUUCCAAUUAGCGGUCAUGUUAUAGAUUUCAAGAAUGAAGAUUUGAGGUUCAUGAAAUUUAAAGAACCAAAUGGAACCGUUUCGAGUAUUUCCCGGUUUAAAUCGAUGAAAGUUAAACAACAAUUAUUACUUUGGAUGAGAUUACAACCUUUUGUUCAAUUUAGGCGGAUGUAUUUAAUGAAUUUCAUGAAUGAUUUGAAUGAGAAUUUGAAGAGUUUGAUCAAGCUCAAAAAGGGGGUAUGCAAACGUCAAUUAUCAAAGUAUAUUCUGUUAACCAAAGAGUUUAGAAUGAGUUUUCAGGAAUUGAUCAAAGUAUUCCCAAUGAGUAAAAAGAAACUAAAGAAAAUUAGUCCAAAGACCACUACUGGUACUAAUGGCAAGAAAUCCAAUUCACAGAAGAAAUAUCGGACUUUAUUCUUGGAAGAUUGGGAUAGAGGCUCUUCAUACAAUCUUAAUGAGAUCAUCACAUCUGAUGAUUCAAUUGCGUUGUUGAAUGUUCAAUUAAAUUAUGUGUUGUUUGUGGUAAAGAUUAAUAUAUCACAAUUUUUAGAUAUUUAUUUCCAAUUCAUAUUUGCUCAUGUUGAAAAUGAAGAUUAUUUGAAUCGAUAUAAGAGAGUAUAUGAGAACAUUCAACGGGAUGAAAAAAGCCAAUACCUGUUGAAACAGGAUGAAAACACCGAUGAAUUAGUCCUCAUUGGCUCAAUUAAUCGAAAGAAUGGAAAUAUUGAAAUGUUGAAUACAUUUCCAUUUAAAGCAAUUAAAGAUCGGCAUGGGAAUUAUAAUCCUCAUGUCAUUUUAACCAGACAUGAUCCAAUCCUGAUUAAUGAUUUCAGUAAUAGGAAUAUAUACGUUUAUGAUGAUUUUGAAUUAUUUAACCAAGAAGGAAGUGGUGAAUCUGAAGUCAAUAUUCCAUUAAAUUCAUCGGUCUUCUUGAGAAGUAGUAGACAAGAAGAUGAAGAUGAUUUAAUAUCUGCAAAAUUAACUGGGCAUAUCAAGAGAGAUAUAGGAAAUCCAGUAUGUGAUAUGGUAUAA